UCAACCUUUAACUAAGAAUUCAACUCACCAUACUCCUCUGAAUUUAGAUUUCGAAUCAAUUCUGCACAUAAUAUUCGUAAAAUUUGAAUGGCGUCGUCGCAGACUGUGUUUGAUUUCACCGUCAAGGAUGCUAAAGGAAAUCAAGUGGACUUAGGCAUUUACAGAGGCAAAGUGUUGCUGAUUGUGAAUGUUGCCUCAAAAUGCGGGAUGACCAAUUCGAACUACACUGAGCUAAAUCAAUUGUACGUGAAGUACAAAGAUCAAGGCCUGGUGAUUCUGGCUUUCCCUUGUAAUCAAUUCGGUGAAGAAGAACCUGGAAGCAAUGAUGAAAUCAUGGACUUUGUCUGCACUAGAUUCAAGUCAGAUUUUCCCAUCUUUGAUAAGAUUGAGGUGAAUGGUAAUAAUACUGCCCCGUUGUACAAGUUCUUGAAGUUGGGAAAGUGGGGGAUCUUCGGUGAUGACAUUCAGUGGAAUUUUGCAAAGUUCUUGAUUGACAAGACUGGACACCCUGUUGAUCGCUAUUACCCCACAACAUCACCUCUUACAAUUGAGAGGGAUGUUAAACAGCUCUUGGGGCUUCCAUGACCGAUGAGAAAUCCAUGCUCCUGGAAGGUACUACUGCCGAACCCUUGAUGGUGAGUUCGAUGUCCCAGUUCCCUGUUAUGCAUAUUGACCACCGAAAUGACUCAUGAACUUGGAUAAAAGUUGAUUGCAAUUCCUUUUCAAUCAGAUGUUCAUGCGUUCGCACUUUGCAAUUCCAUUAUGCAUGAUGUUAUAAUGUUAAUUUAGUUUUGAAUUGAUUGAAAA